CCGCCACCGCCGGCCGCCCUCCUCCUCCUCCUCCGCCGCCUCCUCCGCCACGACCACCACCACCAGCACCUCCUCCUUCUCAGAUCAGGUCAUUUCGAAACCCUAACUUUGAUGUCAACUCUAAUCCAAUUCAGAACUCACUGCCUCUCGCCACCGCUCCAAUUAAAGAAACGCGCACUUCUCCCUCCGCCUCUCGCGUCCUUUCUAUCUCAUCCUUGUUCGGAUUUCUCCCUCCCGAAAUUGAGAGGUCAACGAAUCCUCCACAGCAAUGGCGUUCUCGCUCCUGCCGAAGACAAGGCCCGAAACUCCUCCUCACCGUCAUCUCCUUCGUCGAGUCAACGGACCCAAGCAACUGACUCCGAGAAAAAAAUUCAGGUUUUUUUGUCAUUCCUUUCAAUGAAUUUUCAAUACUAUUCUUCAAGUUAAUUCCUGUAGAUGGACAUGAAUUUGAUUCUUUGCGAAAUCAAUUCCUACCUCCGUCCCAAAAAUUGUCUGUUCAGCAAAACAACAACAUUACUAUAAUGAAUUUUUCGUCAAAAUAAUUCCUUUUUUCUGCAAGUUAGAAGUUAGAAGUUUAUUUUGCAUAAAAUUCUUCUUCCUAAGUUCUCGUAUUGCGGACCUGAAGGAGUAGUUGCUUUAGUGAGCUUUGGUUUACAGAUGCAGAUUAUUGAAGACUAGAAUGUUUCGUUCGAAUUUGGGAAGAUUGUGGAAGUCGGUUAUCUAAGCAUGUUUAGUUAAUUUGGUAGUUUCAUCUCUACAUGAUAAGGUUUGGGGGCUAGCGUAGUCUCAUGUUUUAACAAAUGUUAAGUUGUAGGGUUUUGAUGAGACUUGUGAAAGAUGCAUGGUUCUCUAGGUUCUAGAUUAUGCAUUGGUUUGCAGUGUGUGUGGGCCCCACCUCUCUUGUGAGUGUGCAUGUAAGUGUUUGUGUGCUUUUUAGAAUUUUUGAUCAUACACUUUAGGGUGAUAAGCCAACAAAACAAAAUUCUCCAACUCUUUAAGGAAUGCUUAAUUGUCCCUUUUUUGUGUGUGAAAUAUUAACCCCAUUGAAGGCAGAUUCUUUUUAGUCGGGAGCCAACUUGAAAAAAGAAAUGCGAUCAUUUUAGAGGACUAGGCGUUGCUUAUCAUUGAGAUUCUUCAUUUCGUCGGCUGAAUUACUGAGUUGUUAAUUCUGGAAUAUGCAACUAAAAACAAGGAGCUAUGCAUAUAAAGUGAAUGAUAAGUUAUGAACUUAUGGUUGAAUGACCCAAUUGCUAGUACUAGCAAAUGGCCCAUCUCAAAGUUCUUAUGACUUUAGUUACAAACAGAAACUUCCUUGAACAUACUGUCUUCGUUUUAUUUAAGCAACUUCUAGUGACUUUUGUCCAUAUUAUUCAACCCAUGUAUAUCACAUGUUCUGUCGAUGAAACAAGCUCACAAGAUUUUGAAGCCACUUAUCAGCCGAAAACUGAUAUAUUGAAAGCUCUAGCGAUUCUUGGAGCAGCUGCAAUAGGAACCAUGGCAAUUAAUCAAUCCUGGGUUGCUGCUAAUCAGGAUGUUGUUAUGGCCCUGCUCUUUGUAAUAGGAUAUGCAGCCAUUAUUUUUGAAGAAUAUAUGGCGUUUAAUAAAAGUGGAGUGGGAUUAUUAAUGGCAGUGAGUUUGUGGGUAGUACGAAGCAUUGGGGCUCCCUCAACGGAGGUUGCUGUUUCAGAGUUGACACAUGCAUCUGCUGAAGUCAGUGAAAUAGUAUUUUUCUUGUUGGGUGCAAUGACCAUUGUGGAGAUAGUUGAUGCCCAUCAAGGAUUUAAGUUGGUUACCGACAACAUAAUUACUCGAAAGCCAAGGACUCUGCUUUGGUUGGUUGGCUUAAUGACUUUUCUCCUCAGUUCAAUCCUUGACAACCUGACCUCCACUGUUGUCAUGAUUUCCUUAUUGAGGAAACUCGUACCUCCAUCAGAAUACCGCAAGCUUCUAGGGGCUGUUGUUGUGAUAGCAGCAAAUGCUGGUGGUGCAUGGACUCCUAUUGGUGAUGUAACCACCACUGUGCUGUGGACACAUGGUCAAAUAUCUACUUUGCCAACAAUGAAGGCCUUAAUUGUACCUUCUGUAGUUUCCUUGGCUGUCCCAUUGGCUCUUCUGUCACUUACUAGUGAAGUUAAUGGAACGGUACUAGACUCUCCGAAUGUUUUGUCAUCCGAACAAAUGGCCCCUCGAGGACUGCUUGUUUUCUCUGUUGGGAUUGGAGUAGUGGUGUUUGUCCCUGUGUUCAAGGCUUUAACAGGUUUACCACCUUUCAUGGGUAUGUUGCUUGGACUUGGAGUUCUUUGGAUUUUGACAGACGCCAUUCAUUACGGUGAAUCGGAUAGGCAAAAGUUGAAGGUACCCCAGGCUUUAUCACGAAUUGACACCCAAGGAGCCCUUUUCUUCCUUGGGAUCCUUUUGUCUGUCAGCAGCCUGGAGGCAGCAGGGAUACUUCGAGAACUGGCAAAUUACCUUAAUGCCCACAUUCCAAAUAUUGAACUGAUUGCGAGUGCAAUAGGGGUUGUAUCAGCAAUUAUAGACAACGUUCCAUUAGUUGCUGCAACAAUGGGAAUGUAUGAUCUCAGUUCCUUCCCCCAAGAUUCCGAAUUCUGGCAAUUGGUUGCGUAUUGUGCCAGUACAGGUGGAUCCAUGUUGAUUAUCGGCUCGGCUGCGGGAGUUGCAUUUAUGGGAAUGGAGAAUGUGGAUUUUUGUUGGUACUUGUGGAAGGUAUCCGGAGUUGCUUUCGUUGGAUAUGCUGCUGGAAUUGCUGCAUAUUUAGCGAUUCACAAUCUCCAUCUCUCUCCCUACGACGUAGCUCAGGUCCCUUUCCUUUCUGGUUCAUAAGCUAAUUAUUCUCAACCUUUAGUCCCGUCAUGACUAGUAAGGGAAUACAUUUCAUGUAAUACUGAUGUUGUCGAUCAUUAUAAAUUUGCACCAACUGGCGGUGCAUGAAGGGUUCGUGGAAAAUAAUAUCUGGAGGAAGUACGAAGACAAUUGGAAAAAAUAAUUACUAGUUCUGGUGAGAAGUAUGCAAAAGUAGUUGGGACACCAGCCUUGUAGAGUAUAAUUAUAGUUGUAGAAGGUGUGUAAUGUCCUUGAUGCUUACAUUGUUUAGACUUAUGUUUGAUAUUUUGGCACUUUCCGGGAUUGUUCAAAACCUUUAUUGGUGUCUUUGUUAUAUCGACUACGUUUGAUUGUAAUGGGUAGGCCAUGAAGGGUUCGUGGAAAAUAAUAUUUGGAGGAAGUACAGAGACAAUUGGAAGAAAGAAUUACCAGUUCUAGUGAGAAGUAUGCAAAAGUAGUUGGGACACUGGCCUUGUAGCGUAUAAUUAUAGUUGUAGAAGGUGUAUAAUGUCCUUGAUGCUUACAUUGUUUGGACUUAUGUUAGAUAUUUUGGCACUUUUUGGGUUGUUCAAAA